AGUAGAAACAUAAUAUAACCAAACAAUUAUUAUUCUUACAGAGUAGCUAAAUAAUAACAUUAUAAAUACAUGAGUAAAAAAAAUAAAAACUCCUAGCAAAUCGAGGAAUAGAGCAGCUAGUAAUAAGAACCAUAACAAUCCUAUAUGGCAGACUUGCGAAGAGAAAACGACAAUAAGGCUGAUUGCUUAGUACAGGAUAACGAUUUACUGCCAAUUAAGCAACGUUAAAACAUACAAGAUAAUUGUGAUUAAUCAUUAAAUAAUAAUUUAUGCUUUUUAAAAUUUGAAUCUAACUAGAUUUUUAAAGAUAGCCCAACUAUUAAAUUUCUUUAAAUUUAAUAAUAAAAUGAGAAGCAUUAAAAUAAAAUGGCCUAAUUAUCUUUGGAGAAUUAAGCUAAGGAUCAUUCUUAUAAAGAUUUUCACCAUAACGAAUUCAAGUAAAAUAAUAAUAAUAAAGUUAUUAAUGAGGAGCAUUAGUAACAUAAUGUUAAAAAAUAAAGUUAAUAAUAUAUUGAGGAAGAAGAUUAAUAAAUGAACAAAUUAUAAUUUCCAAACAGGAAAUCUUCAUAUAUUUAAAAUUAAAGGGUUAAUGAAGAAAAAAUGGUUAUUAAUAUAAACAAUUAGAAUGACCAAAUUAAUUUUCUUGAAUGCAAUUCCAAAGGCUUAUAAACCAAGAAUAUUAAUAUAAAUUAAUAAGUUUUUAAUAAUUAGUAAAAUAAUUCCAAAUAGUUAGUCUUAAAUGCUGAAGAAACUUAAUUAGAGAAAAAAAAUAUAGACUCUAUUGAAGAAUAAGAUGAUGAGUAGCAAUAAAAAUAUCCUGAGUAUUUUAAUUUAACAAACAACGAAAAAUUAGAAGAAAUAUGCUCAAAAGUCAACUUUGUAAGAAAUACACUAAGCAGACACUUUGGGAAACUUAGAAGAAAUGGAUAGAUUGUGGAGAAUGAAUCUCUUCUGUAAAUAGAUCAAGAGUUUAAAUUAACUGAUAGAUAAAAACAGUAGAGAGAUCUUUUGGUCCUCUCUUUGAGAAGGAGAUCUUAAAUUUUCUUAAUUUUAAACGUUAUUUGGGUAAUUAUUAUAGGAUUAACUUAUAUUUAAUCUGAAAAUUGGUUCAAAAUGAAAACAUUAGACAACUUAUCUCUGCAACUUUUAGUAACAGCUGAUGGAAUUACAAUUCUCCAAUUAGUAGUAUGGAUCAUAAAUAUCUUAGUUGGUUUGAAUGGAAUGGCUAAUUUCUCAUUGUUGUGCUUGAAAAUAUAUUAAAUAGCUGUUCUUAUCACCAUAUUUUUUGAGAUUCUCACAAAUGUACUCAUUUUAAACUUUGUUCCUAUUUCCUUAGCAAAAUCUCUUGCCUUAAUUCUUUUCCACCUAUUCUUUAUAUUUGCCAGUAAAAUUGUAUAGAAUGCCAUGCUAGCUUUCAGAGAAAGAUACAUACCUAUUCUCUAUCAUUAUCAACUGAGUUUUUCGCAUGAUGAAACUGCUUCUUAAUAAACCUCUAAUAAUUAACAAACAAAAAGCCAAAUUAAACAUAAAAAGAAAGAUUAAAUCAUUUUUAAUUAAGGAUUACAAUUUUAAAGUAGAAUUGAUGAAAAAAAUCCCUUUGGUAUAAUUUCUAAUAUGAAAUAAUAUCCAGCGCAAGUAGACGAAUAAAAUUCAACUGACUAAAAAAGUGUUUUACCUUAAAAUUUAUAAAAAAAUUGUAUCAACAAUAAUUAAUCAGAUUCAACUUAAAAUCAAUUAAAUAACCUAAAAUAAUAAUCAUCGUGCAUUUCAGAUUAAGUUCAGACAUUUUUGUUAGCAAACAAAGCUUAGUCUAAUAAAAGUGAAGAAUCAAAAGAACAAACUUUUAAGUAGUAAAUUAUACAACAAAAAAAUUAAAAAGAAAAGAAAAUUGCUUUUAGUGUAGCAGAAUUAUAGGGAGAUGAAGAGAGAGGCUUUCAGUAAAAAAAAUCAGAUAUAGGAUCCUUCCCUGUAUAUGAGAAAAAUUAAGAAAAGCGCAUAGACCAGGAAGAGUAAAAUAUAUAAUUAGAAAUUUUUAAUCAAGAUGUAAUAUCAAACCCCAGCGAAAAGAAUUUACAGCUAAACCAAUUAAAAUCAACCCACAACAAAAAAAUCAAUAUAGAGCGUAAAGAAACUAUAUUAAGCAGCAAUGCACAAGGUUCUUAAACUACACUUCCUUCAAAUAAUUGCUAUAUUCAAAGAAAUAAUCCAUCUUAAAUUUGCGCAAAUUUAGAUGAUGAAGAAAUCAAUGUAGAUAUAGCUUGA